UUCAAGUUGGUAGCAGGUGGCUGAGACGUGCUCUGCAGGGUUUCUCACUGGAGAUCUUAUUGUGUUCUUCGUCUGCACCUGAGACCUGUCAUCCAGCAUCUUCUACAAAAACAGCAUGGAUAAAGGGGUUCUGCAACUAGCCGGGCUGGUACUAGGAGGCAUUGGCCUUAUAGGCACUUGUGCAGUAACGGGCAUGCCACAAUGGAGGGUGACGGCUUUUAUUGAGAACAAUAUCAUAGUGUUUGAAACCCUCUGGGAAGGCCUAUGGAUGAACUGCAUCCGACACGCCAACAUACGAAUGCAGUGCAAAAUGUAUGACUCUCUGCUGGCGCUUACACCGGAUUUGCAAGCUGGUAGAGCAUUGAUGUGCAUCGCUGUGAUUUUAUCAUUUAUUGCCUUCUUGGUUGCCAUAAUUGGCAUGAGAUGCACCAACUGUGCAGAAGACAAUGAGAAGUCCAAAAAGCUCAUACUCCUAGUAUCAGGAAUUUCUUUCAUCUUGUCCGGUGUCCUUGUCUUGAUUCCAGUUUCCUGGACAGCGAAUCAUAUCAUCAGAGAUUUCUACAACCCCUUGGUCAAUGCGGCUCAGAAGAGGGAGCUUGGAGAAGCUCUCUACAUUGGUUGGGCAACAGCGCUGUGUCUAGUGGCUGGUGGAGGCAUUUUAUGUUGCGUAUGUUCCCCCACUGAGCAGAAGUACAAAUAUUCUCUACCCCCAAAAUCAGCCGCGUCCAAUGUCCCCCGAGUGGGGGUGGCAAAGAAGACUUCAAGUUUGUACUCAAAAAGCCAAUACGUUUAGACCGUGGAUUUGGUAUGGCCAAAAGGUUAUGAAGGACAGUGCUUUUUGGAAUGUCUAUAAACACAAUCUGCUUGCACUUUUCUUGGACUAUAGACUUGGAAAAGAAGAGUCCAACCUUUGAGCCCCUGGAACUUCAAGAAUAGCAUCUUGCAUGUGCCGGUUUUGGUUGGCGGUGUGAAAGUGACGAUUUACUAUAUUUCCUCCGUAGGACAGCUAGUAGAUAAACCUGGGAGGUGACGCUCUACAAAGAUCAUGCCUUGAAGGAGAAAUCUUGUACGGUAACUUGUAAGGAGAAGUUUUUCACGUUGUAAGCAGACGCUAAGGAGAAGGAAUUACUGAAACAUAUGAUGUUUUUGGAUUUUUAUUCCAUUUUUUUUUUUUUUUAAAUUGAUUUGAGGCUCGUUCAUGAAUUAUUGUACAUAUGGUUUGGGGUGAGUGUGAAACUCUUAAUGAGUCAGAAAAUAAUUGAUAAGAAAUGUUCUGAUUUCUUGUACAUUUUUUAAAUGGUUAAUGCUGCAUUUGCUUUAUGUUAUGUGUCUAUAAUCACGAUAAAUAAUAGGAGCCUGUACGGAGGCACAUGGCACAUGAUUGUACCUGCCGCACCAUGCUACACUUAUAUGCAUUCCAUGUGCCUUUAUACAUCUGCAUUGCCUCUAGGAGAGAAGAGCUCUGUAAUAUGCCGCCUGAUGGAACACGGCAUGUAUGAAAAACAAGGCAUUCAAAAGAAUACUAGGGCCCCACUGACUCGUAUGGAUGCUGUAUUACGGCUUCGAACAACUUGGAGGUUGUGCGAUUAAUCGAGUACUCUAAUAAGAAAAACAUUCUUAAAAUAAUGUGUUGCUUUAUAAAAACAAUAUUUUUAUUUCUUACAGUGGUAUAGCAAAUAAUUGCACACACAUAAGGCUUCUUUCACAGCUGCAAUAUACAUUCCGUCAGAAGAACAGCCAGCCAAAAUGUACCAAAUCGGGUAUAGCUGGAUACUGACGGCUGCUGCAGUUAUUGACUCUAAUGGGGUCCGGCCUUGUCACAGCAUUCAUGCUGGGUUUUGGCCGGACAAAAAAAAAAAACGCUUUGGACGAUACCCAGCAUGUAUGCCAGAACAUGGCCAGAUGGUCUUGGACCACAUUAUAGUCAAUGAGUGCAUAUAGCUGGUUGUACCUGGCUAUACCCAAUACAGUAUACUCCGGCCAGCUGAUCUUCUGCCAGAAUGUGUAUCUAAGGCUAUGUUGUGAACUCUGUCAGUCUGUUCCGGUGGAGGAACAGACUGCCGGAGUUCAAUGGCUGCAUCUGUCAUAGCUGGAUGCCCAUUGACUGUAAUGGGGAUUCGGACAAAAAAUGCUGCACAGUGACAUAGCAUUUUGUGGCUUUGUGCCACAGUAAAAGUUGAGUAAUUUGAGUCAUACUUUAGGGGGGUAAAAUAAGAAUUUCAGAAACAAAAUAUUUUUCAUCAGAACACAGAUCAUCAGAUAAAACUACACCCCCCAAAUCAGACUAUCACAUCUCAGCCACAGAUAAGACCCCCCCAAGUCAGUCAGCCUUGCCCUCAAAUCAGUCCUCCCAAGCCACAAGCCCACAAUUAGACCCCCAUGCCAAUGCCACCAUGAUCAGACCCCCAGGCUGCCACCAUCAUCCCCUUCCUUGCUGCAAUCAGAGCCAGACCCCCAUGCCAUUCAUUGCUAUGUCCCCCUGUCCCCUAGUGCCUCCAUGCCAUCCAUUGCCACCCCAAUUGCCAUGUCCCCCACUCCCCCAGUGCCAUCCAUUGCCAUGUCCC